AUGGCUACUCAUUUGGGAAGGGGUGGAACCCGUAACAGGAAACGCAAGAGAGAGGAUGGAGGAGUUGCUCUGGAUGUUUCUGCCCCGGACUCUUCUCUUGCGACUACGCUGGUAAGAAGACCCUAUAACAUCGUUACGGAGAUACACAAGGCAAGGGAGGGCUACAGGAUAUCCUCAGUGGUAGAGGAUGGAGCUCCCAUUUGGACCUCUUCCGAUGGCCAUUCCUGUGACCACGUCGUCGUAAUAGUUGGAGAAAACAGGGCACCGACCCAUCUCAUUCUCUAUUUGACCGAUGGAGGCUUUAAACAGGACUGUUUGUACUAUGAAAAGAGGAAGAAAUGGGUAAGAAUCCAGGAAGAAGACUUUUAUAGCAAAUUCCAUGCCAUGGUUAUCAUGAAGCUACUUGCCCUUUCCAUUUCAUUUGACACGAGAAAAAAGUACAACCCAAAGAUACUAUACGUCAACAAGUCCUCCAAGUUUCCAUUUGCAGUAUAUGCUCCAAAUAGUAUAUGUCGCAUAGAGCGAGUUAACUGCGAGGGUUACACGAUUUGGAUUGCAUCAGCUAAUGAUGAGAGGUGCCUUUACAUUUCCCUAUAUCCGAGGGAUACUCCCACUUUGGCCUACCUGGUCAUUCACUCUUUGGGUGAACUCAAGGGUCUCUACUACUCCAAGAUGAGUGGGUCAUGGAAAUCGGUUGACAAGAAUGGGUAUCUGGAAGACUUAGCCAAGGCUGGCUUUGACAGGUCUAAUUUUAGCAACAAGAUAACUCUGGACAUAUCCAACGUAGACAAUGAUCUGGUCUACACUUAUAGAUACAAUGUACAUGAAAACAUUACGUACAUGUACACUACACUCCCCGGUUACUCACUUGAUAGGAUAGUUGAAGGAGCUACGAUAAUCUGGAAGGCCAAGGACACUGAACGAUGCACUUACAUCAAUGCAAUAGCCAAGAAGACGGGAUAUUUGGGGUUAUUUAUGUUUACGACUGACCCUACAGGUCGUCGUAAGAGUUUAUACUUUAGAAAGGUUGGUAAGGAAUGGAAACAGGUUGACAGGAAUGGGUAUUAUCACAUUCUCGUAAAUGAUGAUUCUUCAAGGUACACCCACCAGGGUGACGGCAGAAUCAUCAUGAGUAGUUUUAAGAAUAGACAAGGCCUACGGAUUGCAACAUAUGCCUCCAGAGUGGAGAACGCCAAAGGUGAUGUCAUUUUGAUUCACGGGUUCAGAUCAUUUUUCAUGUCAGAAUUUUGCAUGCUUGACAUGGAAUGGAAUUUGGAACGGUUCGAAUAUCCGUCUAUUCCCUACGUUGACGGGAUCUUUAUCAACCACUGGGACCACUUGUACCAAACUUCUUCGUCCAUUGCAAGAUAUAAGCAUCUCUUUAACUAUACAAGUCUGGAUGGGUUAAACGGCCUGGACGUAUUACCGGAAUACAUUUACAAGUACAGUUUCGUAGAAGCCAUCAACAGACUGGGAUACAAUGUCUACGGCUAUGAUCAUCAGUCCCAGGGUCUCUCUGAGGCCAUUAGCGAUUUAAGAUGCUAUGUGAACAAUUUUAAAGACCAUGUGCAUGACAUCCUACAAUUCAUUAGCAUUGUAAAGAGAGGUAAAUUUGGAGAUCCUACCCAAACCUAUGAUGAAACAAUAAUCUUUGAGAACACUCCUACAGGUAAAAAGACAUUCUUGCUAGGAUUUUCAAUGGGAGGAAACAUUGCAGUUCAAGCUGUACAAGAAUUUCACAAGCAUGCAAAAGAGGGGGCGAGGCUUAUAGACGGCCUAAUUUGUACGUCUGCAAUGCUUAAUUUGGAUCACCAUUUAAACACCCCUGUAAAGAGAUUAUUUAGGAAAUUGUCCAAGAUAUUAGAAUGGAUAGUUCCAAAAACGUUUAAUCCCUGCGAGAAUAUAGAAAACUAUGGGGAGUCGUUUGACUUUAUAAUGAGAUUUAUGGACCCAUUUCACUAUUCUGGAAAAUGUACUAUAAAGCCAUAUAUAUCACUAUUUAAUGCAUGUGAUGACGUUAACAGGGAGGAUAAUGUGGUAAACUAUCCCAAGGAUUUGCCGACACUAUUUGUGCAUACUACACGCGAUUAUCUUUGCGGAGUUCAGGGCCCUAGAGAUAUGAUGGCUAGACAUUUGAGGGGGAGAAUAAUGGCCAAACUUGUGGAACUCCAUGGAAGUUGCCAUUAUUUGAACGCUUAUCAAUCGGUUUCCAGCGUCAUGCCGCAUAUCGACAAAUGGUUAGAGGAACUGUCUACAAAACCAUCACUUUCUGGAAAUGAAGUUUCAACCUCCGGCGAGUUGUGA